GCAUCUGCACGUCCUAAAUGGAUGAGGCUAAAGCAGCUGUCUUUGGAGUACCGGCAGAUGCUUUGCCCAUUACUACGAAAAUUGUGCAAACAGAUUCCAAUCUUAAAGAUACUCGAAGCGAAAUCCAACCCCUACGCACAACCAUGGAUCUUGAAUUGUGCAAAGAAGCAAGAUCAGGAGACAAAAAUAUUCUAUGUAACUUGCUUCCACCAGAAGAUGCAUCUUCCAAAGAUCCGACGGAGGAGACACCGGAGGGUGCUGCAAUACAAGGAAAUACCAGCUGCCUCCUCAAAGUUACACCAGAGGAGAACACGGCCCUCCAUAUAAUUGCUAGUCGAGGACAUCUAGAGUUUGCCAAAGAAAUCUGUCGGAGAGAGAUAUCUCUUUUAACGGCACCAAACAAGAGGCUUGACACUCCGCUGCAUUGCGCUGCAAGGGUUGGAAAUGUUGAGAUGGUUUCCUACAUCAUCAAAUUAGCAACAGAGCAUGAUAAAGAAAAUGAAGUGCUAAGGGCGACAAACAAGGAAAAUGCCAAUGCUUUGCAUGAGGCUGCCAAAUAUGAUCGUGUGGAUGUGGCCAAUAUACUGAUGGAGAAGGAUCCUGAACUAGCAUCCAUGCUGAACUGCUUCGAAAUGUCUCCCCUCUAUUUAGCCAUGGCGUCAAGAUCUCUCAAAGUAGCCAAAGUCUUACUCCAGUUUUCCUAUUGGAAGGAGGCUUCUCCAAAAUCUUAUGCAGGUCCUAACAAGAAAACGGCAUUGCAUGCAGCAGUUCUCAUGAGUCGAGAAAUUACACAAGACUUAUUGCAGCGGAAGCCAAUGCUCACCAAAUAUGCUGAUUUGUUGGGGAGAACUCCUCUUCAUUAUGCAGCUUCAAAUGGUGAUCGUCAUAUGGCAAAGUUAUUAUUAGAGCAAGAUUCCUCUACAGCCUACCUAGCAGAUGCCAAUGGCUUAUUUCCUAUACACAUUGCAGCUAGUAUGGAAAACAUUCCUGUAGUUGAUCAGAUUUUAAAACACUGCCCGGAUGCAGAUGAAUUAUUGGACAAGGGGGGAAAGAAUUUUCUUCAUGUUGCUGUUAAAUGGAAAAGAUUAGAUUUGGUCAGGAAAAUUAUCUCAGAGAAACCGGCUCUCAGGAAGCUGUUAAAUGACCAAGAUAACAAUGGGAAUACGCCGUUACACACAGCUGUUAAAAACAGUGACCAAGGGAGCGUGCAUUUUCUUCUACGGGACAAAAUCGUAUACGUGAAUAUUAUCAAUGAUGAUGGCUUCACCCCUCUCGACUUGGCUUAUGAAAAGUUGGAUGAAGACCUGCCAUUCCGGACGAAUUCAACCGAAGUUUGCAUUGCAAGCUGCUUGGCUUCAAUAAAGGCUUGCUCCAGUCCGCAAGAAUUGCAUGAUUUAGAAAGCGGUGAAUUAUCCAGUGAUGAGGCCAAAGAG